AUGACCAGAAAAUUUCUUGCUAAAUAUUUCUCCUCAGCUAAGACGGGUAAGUUUAGAAGAGAAAUCCAUAACUUCUGCCAAAACGAGACUGAAACUGUGUUUGAAGCAUGGGAGAAGUUUAUGGAGAUAGUCAGAAAGUAUCAACACAACGAAAUUGAACUCAGGAUGCAACUCCAGGAUUUUUGGGAUGGUUUGACACUGGCCUCACACAGAAUAUUGAGCAAUGCAGCUGGAGGUACAUUGAUGAAGAAGACUCUAGAGGAGAUAGUCAUUAUUCUUGAUGAAUUAUCUGAAGAUGCAAAUCAGUGGCCCUCAGAGAUUGCUGGAAAAAGAAGAUCAACUGGUGUUCACCAGGUUGAUGCUAACACAUCUGUGCAGGUACAGCUUGAUGCCGUGGCAAAAGAAAUAAGGAAGUUGACCUUAGAUUCAAUACAUAAUGAGCCUCAUGCAGCAUGUGACAUAUGUGGAAGAGGACACCCUACUCAUGAGUGUCAAGCCUCAACUGAGGAAGUUAAUACUGUGGGUAAUUACAACUUUAUCGCAAUAGGUCAGAAGCACCACAGUUUUUCAUGGAGUUCACUGGGGGUACAGCAAAUGCAUGGCAACAAAAUAACUCCAGAUUUCAAGGAGCUCCUGACUAAUGAGAGAUUAGAUUCCCAUGGGGCAGCUAUCAAAGAACUUGGGACAAGUACUCUGCCAGCUGAUACUGAAAAGAAUCCCAAGAAAACAGUAAAUGUUGUGACCUUGAGAAGCGGACAAGUAUUGAAAGAUGCCACUCCAAGUCAAAAAGAAGCUGCGCCUGAAAAAGAAAGUGGGAAGGAGCUGAAAAUUGAAGAUGAUAAAAAGACUGAGAAGAAGAAAGGCAAGAAGGGAGCUGAGAAAAAGAAGAAGGAGGAAACUUCAAGAAGGGGGAAAUCUAAUGAUGUUAGCAAGCACAUGCCUGCUCUACCUUUUCCCCAAAAGCUCUAUGGAGAAAAGGUGGACAAGCAGUGA